GGCUGGUUGAGAAUUACCCCUCGAAGCCUGUAUUGAGUGACGGACUGAGUAUUAUUUUGUUUGCUUGUAUGAUUCCUACCCAAACCACCGACACAAACACAAACAACCCUCUUCCUAGUAACCUGCGCUCUCAGACACGCAGUCUUACAUUCAUACCUCCGUUCAAUUCUGACAUCACAUUUGAAUUGAUUCAACAAGUCUCGCUGUGUCGGCGAGAUACCUAGUGGGCGAUCAUGUCACAAUCCCUACUUUUGCUCCCUCAACACCCCGCACCGGCUACACCUUCAACGCUCAGUGCUGCAUACUCUUCAUCAUUGUCGGCGGUACUUUCAAGUCUUAAAACUUCAUCCUCGAGUACCAAGCUUAUAAUUGCACUUGCCUCGUCAAGUUUCAAGGAUCGGUUGAAGGAGCCAAGAUCUCAAAUUUACAAUGAGGUGGAGACGCUGCUGGGUGGUUUAUACAGCUUGAUCUGUUCUAUAUGUGCUAAGGAAGAUGUCGACAUCACAUCCAAGUUGCCUGGCGCUGUGGAUUGUCGCAUUGUUCUAUUGGAUUAUGACUCGACACGCUUUUCCACCGACAAGAAUUCUGGGCGUGAUGCCAGUCUUGGGGUGUUGGCUGGCGGCCCUAUUGUUGGACUUCCUCUCUUCGCAAGUACCCGACGCCAAUGGAGCAAAUUAUUUUCAGUGCAAGGCGAGGAAGGGCAGAAUUUGCUUCGAGACUUUUUACAUUUCGCAAAUGGGAUUAGCCCUCCUUUACGUGCCGAAUUUCAAAUGGUCAGUGGUGGAGUGAGCAUGAUUCAACAUGCUUCACAGUCUGUACAACCAAAUUCUUCUGCCUCCCAUACUGUUGUAGCAGUUGGUGGCACGUUUGAUCAUCUUCAUGCGGGCCACAAACUUUUGCUUACAGCUACGGCACUUUUAUUACAACCAGCUGCCAGCGUUCAGGACCCCUCCCGGAGAUUGAUUAUCGGUAUCACAGGGGACGAAUUGCUGAAGAAUAAAAAAUAUGCGGAUCACUUACAGAGUUGGGAAGAACGGCAAAACGACGUUGUUGAAUUCCUCAUCUCGAUUCUUUCUUUCACGCAGACUAGUCAGGAGGAAGCAAUUCAAACAGUUCCAUUGACAACUUCAAAUGGCCGGGCAACACAUACGAAACUCAAUGCUCGCUCGAUCACUAUUGAGUGUGCUGAAAUUCAAGAUGCUUUUGGGCCAACUAUUACUGAUGAGUCUGUUACCGCACUUGUUGUGUCUGGAGAAACUAGAUCGGGCGGACAAGCAGUGAAUGACAAAAGAGUUGAGAAGGGCUGGAAGGCACUGGAGGUUUAUGAAGUCGAUGUGCUCGAUGCGCAAGCUGAUCUUGAGACCACUCCUAAAUCAGACUUUGCUACAAAAAUCAGUAGUACUGCAAUAAGAAAGCAGAUGGCGGAUCGCGCCCGGACAUCGUCACUCUAAUCAAAACUUCACCUCGCGAAACCACACUCUGCAAAGAUAGCCCAACUUGGCCGGGGCCUAUAUUAAGGAGAAUGAUGGACACAGUACUAUCGUUGUCAGGAAUAAGGUUGUAGAGUGAUGUUUUCCGUGCAGAAUUUCUCGACCCAAUAUCGAGCCUGCUGCGCCGUCACAAUAUGCACGUCAUUUGCAGAAAUACAGAGUUCAUGCACAAGAAUCACCAUCCUACAGGGUUUAUCGUCUCAUCUCUUCCCGCUUCACUUUGUCUGGAACGUAGCUCUCAAUAUUGAUUCAACGUAUUAAUGGCGUCUGGGUAUCGAUACCCACGACUACUACCUUAUAGUACCACUUCCAUGAUUCAACAACGCCUAGAAACCAUGCUAACGAGGGACUCUCCAAUCAAGAAACCGGAUGGAACAUCCAAUGGACUCUAUUUUAUCAAGCCCCGGAGAAUUAUAUAAUGAAAGCUGGUCCUUCAGACAUCUCUCCUCGUGUGGUGCAAUUGAGUUGAGUUAUGCGGGGACUCUUGAAUUAAGCGCCCAUCAUCCAAUCAUAUUUCUCUCACAAAUGCAAAGGUUCACAGAUGCAUAGGUUCAAAUGAAUUCAAGCCGUUUUCCAAUAAUUGUGGAAGGAUUUAUCCACACUAAAAAGAACAAACCAACGUUUCUCCUGGACUAGGUUUAUUAUCGAAUAUAAAUUCAAUUCGACCAAAAUAGUUGAGAGUUGCAUUCACUUGCCUUCAGUUACAUUCUACAAUAACAAGCCGUUCGUUCUCA